AUGGGCUGUGACUCCCUCACCAUCAUUAUAAAGAAUGUGCGAGAUGGCCCGAUCGGUCAGAGCGCGAAUUUACUGACCGGGAGGCCCGUGGUUCGAACCCGACCUCUGCCUCCCGGCUUCCCUUGUCUAGGCUUGGACAACCUGGCAGUAUCUCAGCCCUCGCUUGGGCAACCUGGCAGUACCGCAGCCCCCGUGCUUCCUUCAGGUGGCGUGGUGGCUAGGCAUCGGAAGGGUGUUACUGCUGAACGAUUUUUUACGACGCAUGUUUAUCUAAGUCCCCCAGUUCGAUUCUUGUUUAAAUUACGGAAUAAUAGCAAGCUAGUCUGGAAAAGAACGCUCAAUCGAAUUAGCGGAACGUGGUCAAAUGACUUACGGGUCAUCCAUAUAUUGGAAGUAUUCAUAAAUCGCCGGUCCGCCCCAUAG